AUGCGCUUCCACGCUGAGCUAGUCGACGUCAAUACCUUGCAAAGGGUCAUCCAAACAAUCGCCAAGGUCUCGCCACGCUGCUACGUCCGUGUCAACCCAGUCGAGAUCCGCUUCAUCUGCACCGCAGACGGUAGCGAUGGCGGCGUGCAAGUCUGGUCUCAGUUCACAAACGAGGCUUUCCUCAAGGACCCCGUCGUGGAGAGCAAGUUCAACAAUCAGAUCGACUUCGAGAUCAAUUCAGACCUAUUCGCCCAGUCGCUGCGUAGCUGUGAUCAUGCUAUGAGCGUCGCUAUAAGGCUGAGCAAGCGCGAGGGCGAGCCACUGCUCAGCAUGGCGAUUGCCAAUGCCAGUCACACCGGUGGGCGACUCGAGGUGGUACAAGACAUAGGCGUGCGCAUCAUCCGAGCGUCCGAGGCCAACAAGAUGAGGGAUCCUAUGGUUCCAGAUCCUCAGGUGCACAUCUACAUGCCCAAGAUGUUCAAGGUGCGCAGUGUCGUCGAGAAGAUGAGGAAUGUGACUAGGCACAUCUAUGUCAGUGCCAAUCGGUCCGAGGAGUUCUUGAUGUCCGUCGAAGAGCCAGAGGUCAGAAUAGAGAGCAAGUGGGCGAAGUGCGGGCAUCCGAGAAUCCACAAUGAGUCUCAACAGACAAGCGCAGCCUCAGCUUCGACGUCCGACCUGGAGGCAGACAAGACCAAACACUUUCGAGUCAAGGUCGAUGCCAAAUCGCUCCUCAAGUUCCUCAGCUCUCACAUCCUCGAGUCGCGAUGCAUCGUCUGCAUAUGCCAGCCGCUCUGUGUCAUCUUCUACGUGUACGUAGGCGACCCGAAGAACACAAGCGGAGUUGUUACGUUCUACCUGCCGGGCACAGAAGAGGACGAUUGA